AUGACUGAUGUUUGGAAGUCGAAUGCUAGAAAGUUUUGCGAGAUUUGUAAGGUGUGGUUUGCGGAUAAUCGCGUUAGCAUUGAACAUCAUGAAGCUGGUCAGAAACAUAAAGCAGCUGUUCAAGCUAAGUUGCGUGAACUUGCCAAACAGAAUAAGGAGAAGGAACGAGCUGUAAGUCCUCCCUAUUUUCUGCGUCAGUAUUGUACUACUCGUUCUGGGCUUGGAGCUGAGAAACUAGAAAAGUUUGGAAGGGAUCCGUUUUUACGACUUGCUGCAUCUUCUAAUUUGCGUUUUAAUGCUGAAGCCUUCGAGAACGCGUCUCUAGAGGCAACUCUUGCAAUGAUGGAAUCUGCGGCGUUGAGCAGCAUGGGAUCACAAGCGACAACAUCAGCGAUUCCUUCUUGUAGGAAACAGCAUUACUUUUUCAUGUUUGUUUGCUCUAUAUUGAAUUUUAUUAGAAUUGUUUGGGGUCUUUCCCGCCAUCUCAAACAAAACUUUACAGGUGCUUCUUUUGGUCCAAUGCCGAAACCGAAACAGUAUCUUGAUCCUAGAGCGCACAGAGCAUCGAUAGCAGAAAUGGCAAAGGAGAUUGCUCGUCGGAAAAAAGAGUUCUUGAGCAGAAAAAAUGAUGGUAUUACGAAAACAGAGCCGUUCCCUGAAGAGCAUGCUGCCAAAGAGCUAUCAGGAGCCACCGAUGAAGAUCCUGUGUGGGUGGAAGCAAUGACAGAAACUGGCGUACCUUAUUAUUUUCACAUGUAUAGUGGAGAAACAAGCUGGCAAGCUCCGUCAAGGUACUUCACUUCAGAGCAGUAUGCUCUGAAAUAUGCAGCUUUAACAGGGGAUUCUUCACACUUCCAGCCAACGAUACCAGUUGAUUCCGCUGUUCAAAAUACGGAAAGUAGUGAAAGUGCAUCAACAGCUUCUUUACCACCGGUGAAAGAGGAACCUUUGGACGAAGUUGAAGAAACGACUCCAAAACAAGAAAUAUCUCAGGAAGAAAGCAUUGCUAUGGCAGCAAAUUUUCGUUUAGAAGAUGCAAACAUUCCUUUGCCACCACCUUUGAAAACUGAAAGUCAAGGGGGAAACUUUUCAAAACCUUCGAAAGAGUUUAUAAAAAGGGAGAUAUUGGAUGACUACGAGGAUGAUGGGGAAAAUGCUGGUUCUCAUGCAGAUAAGACGACAGAAGUGGGAGGCAGUUGCGCAGUAAAAAGCGAAGCUGAAGAUGAUUCUAUUCCUGCUGAAAGAGGAGAUACAGAAGAGCUUAGGAGCGAGGAAGUGAGCGAUCCUGCUCACUCAGAAACCAUUCACGAAAUUUUUAAAAAGAGCGAACAUCCACUUGGCGCUUGGAAACGUGUUGGAUCAUCUCCUGAAGCCCCAAAAAUGUUAAUUUUGUUCAGUUGUUACUUGUUUUUCUUUUUUUUGUUUACCACUUAUAAGUCUUCCGUUUUUAGCGACUUUCAACUUCCUACUGAAGCUGAAGGAAGGAAAAUAAAACCGGAGGUUGAAGUAAAACCUGAAGAUAUAGUUGUCUUUACUGAAAAGACAGCUUCCUUACCUAAAAAGAAAAAGAAUUUGGAUGCUCCAAUAGAAUUCAAGAAACGAAAAACAAAUCUCAAUAUUCGGAGACAGAAGAACGGUACAUAA